AUGCCAACCAUGUCAAAGGCACCUUACUCUUCCUACUAAACUUGUGACCCAAGAUUAAGAUUUAAGACUAUAAGAACAAGAGUUAAUGAUUGGACUAGAUAAAAACGCCAUCACUCCCUAAAUUUUAACCUCGACACUAAUAUAACUACGAAAAACUACACGCAUUAGCCUACCUCUCAUCGUAAUCUCAAUUUUCUUCCAAUGGGUUUCCUCCAAAACCCCACAACUAGUAACCUAGCUAUGUAUAUUUAGUGAAUUUAAUUAAUAAUUAUAAUUUAUUAUUUAUUUGAUGAAUUUAAACAUUAAAAGUUGGUGUUAAUUGUUGGAUUGUAAUUAAAUUUUCCUCAAAUAUAUUUCAUAUAUAUGAUUAAAUUCAAUGAAUGUUAAAAGUUUGCAUAUUUUAUUAAACUGAUAUGAACUGACACAAACCAAUUGUACCACCAGUCUUACCAUUCCACUUGUCAAAUCGAUACAACCGUAUAAACCGGUUUGACAACCUUAUUUGGCAAAAAAUAACAAACGGUCUCACCCACUCAUUAACGGUUCAAAGUUCGCGUUUUCAUCAAUCUCCCAAUCCUAAUCCACUGCCGUCAUCAUCUCUGAAUUGCUGAUAAAUUGAGUCUUGACCCAACCUUGUUCACAAUCCAAAGAUCUCUCCGCCGGAGCCAAACAAUUCAUCGACAGCCGACGGGGAACCUGUAAGUCGCUGUCCCUCUGUCUCUUCAGAUCUAUCUGCGAAGUUCUGUUUUCUUUUUCUUUUUUUUUUUCUUUUUUUCUUGUUCAAGGAACCGCCUCGCCACUGCCUUUGUCUUGUUUCUCUUAGGAGUUGGACAUCCGAAACAGCGACGGAGAGAAGGAUCAGUUGGUUGCCGUUUCCGAUUGGGUCUCGGAGAUCACCGAUGGAUUAAGUCCAUCUAUAAAUAAACAGGGCACGGUGGGAGAGACGCUUCCUUGGUAAUCUACUUAGCCAUAAUAUAUCAUCUCAACCAUCUCCAGCUAGCGACUUUGACGUGAUGGUGGGUGACAUGAUGAAGGCGAUGGUGAUCUCCGCGGAAGAACCAAAUUGGUCGGGUUUGCCUGGUGAGCUUUUGGAUAGGAUUGGCCAUCGUUUAGCCAAGUUGAAGGAUUUCAUCCGAUUCAAAGCUGUUUGCAAGUCUUGGAGACGAGCUCUGUUUCUGUCAAGGUUCAGGCAAUCCAUCCCAUGGCUGAUGCUCCCCCACUGCCGCGACAGUAUCAGUCAGAGCGCGAGGGUUGGAUGUAAAGGUACCGAUUCCUGUAGAUGUUUCUACGAUCUCGAGGAGCAAACAUUUCGACACAUUGAGUUGCCCCAGUCUAUAGACAAGACUUGUUGCGGUUCUGCGUUCGGGUGGGUGUUCAUGAAGGAGAAGCUGCCAUCGGUGAUGCUGCUCAACCCUCUUAGCAAGGAUCAGAUCUCUCUGCCCCCGAUCACAGCUUUUUCUGAUGUGUUGGGGUUUCGCCCGGAGCUGGUCGGAAGGGAGUACUUGUAUGUGAAGCAGGAUGGGUUGCGAGUGGCAAAAGGGAAGAAACAGGUGCAGCGUCGCUUCAUAAUCCGUGUUUCUUUUUCGGGCGAGCCGGCUUCAGAGGAGUGUAUUGUAAUGGUCAUCCGCGGCUUUGAUGAUUGCACUACUCUAGCAUUUUGCAGUCCGAAUCGAGACGAUAAAUGGACGAUAAUUCCUCAUGGGGGGAACAAUCCUGAUCUGCCGAACGAGAUCCUUUUCGAGGACAUGGUGUUCUGGAGAGGUCGGUUUUAUGUCUUUGUUUAUACGGGGACGGUUUAUGUUUGUGAUCUUUCUCACCAGCAUUGUCCAAAGCUAUCGUUGUUCCUCGACGAGUCUUCUCCUCAAACUCGUAAGAUUUUUCGGGGUGCUACCAGUUUCUACUUAUUAACCAGCCCUGUCGACGAUGAGUUGAUGGUGAUCACUAGGCAUCUAAGGUACCCCAAUGAUGACUUGGUGGCAGUUAAUACGCAUCACGUAAGGUAUCAAGAAAACGAGGAUGAUGAUGGUGUUGCCAACGAUGAUGAGUGGUCAGAUGACAGUGACUAUGCCGACGAUGAUGGCCAAACAACUGAUGAUGAUGACCAUGACGAUGAGCUUCCCGUGUUUGUGCCGUACAAGGAUGAUGGUCAUGGCAAAGUUGACCGUUAUAUCAUCGAUAGCGAGUCCGAUGAUGAUGAUGUUAUUGCUGCUGAUAAGACUCCAUUGUUGACUGAUAAAUUCAGAGUUUUCAAAGCGAGGGAAUGUAGGACGGGAUGGGACGAGGUCGACAGUAUAGGCGAUUUUGCUCUUUUCUUGGGGUACAACAAGCCUACUUGGGUUUCCACCAGAGACCACCCUGAACUUUCUCCCAAUUCUAUCUAUUUCACGGAUGAUGCGACUGGCUCGCAUUAUCCUCGGAAAUUUGCAGGUGCUGACAUGGGUGUUUACGACCUCACUACUCACACCAUUAGUCCAUUCUACCGUACUGCCUCGGUUCAUAAGAACCCAUCACUCAUUUUCCCAUUACCUGUGUGGAUCUCACCCUCAAACUAUUGAAACCCAUCACUCAUUUUCCCAUUAAUGAGUUUGUACUGGACAAGUCAUUCAUCACUUGCUGAUCAGCAUCCGUCAAAUUCUUCAACUCGGAGGUGAGAUUUCGAGCCCCUUCCUUUUGUUUUAGCUCCGGAUAGAGCAGGUUGACUUUGUCUUGUAACGCCUCAAUAGAACUGAGCUUUUCCU